UCAUAUAUUAUAAACAAGCUUGUCGAAUUUGUCAAAAAAGAAAUGGCAGAUAACGAUCCAUCACAUGAUUGGAAUCAUGUAGAAAGAGUAUGGAAAUUAGCAGUAUCAAUAGCUGAACAAGAGGAAUUUGAAGGUGAUUUCGAAUUACUUCAGUUAGCAGCCAUUGCACACGAUAUUAAAGAUUCAAAAUACUUAAAGCCGGGUGAAGACGAAGAUACCGCUGAAAAUACAAUCAUCAGUUUCCUUACAUCUCAUCAAUACCCUUUAGAAAAAGCCAAAUAUAUUUCGAAUGUAGUUAAACAAAUAUCAUUUAAACACGAAUUGGGUGUUUCCUCUAAUUAUCAAUUUUUACCAGAAUCCAAAAUUGUACAAGACGCAGAUAGAUUAGAUGCAAUCGGUGCUAUUGGUGUUGCAAGAACAUUUUCAUAUGGAGCCGCUAAAAGUAAUACACCAUUUUAUAACCAAAAUACUAAAGAAUUAAUGAAGUCAUUAGAUGAAAGCGAUGAAAUUAAAACAAUUCAAAUAUCUAAAGAUCAAUAUAAGAAUCACAACUCACCAACAAUAGACCAUUUUUAUGAAAAAUUAUUUAGAUUAGAGAGUAUGAUGAAAACAAAAAGUGGCCAGAAAAUGGCCAAGAAACGUCAUGAAUUUAUG